CUAAUGCUAGCGCCUUUGAUGUCCUCUCUCGCGGUUCAUACACUCUCCCUUUCCACUGAGGAUGGCCCGGCCAUCAGGCCCGGCUGUCCGAGAAGGAGGGCCAGGAAAGCUGAAGGGGAGCCUGUACGAUGGUCUGCAGAAGGGACCUUAACGAAGCAGGGAAGGCAACAGCAACCAGCAUUAAACCGCCACCAUCAAACUCAACCUGAAAACAAUUGCAAGGCAAGCUGCUCUUUUACCUAUAGCGGGCGUGUAGCUGGACAGCAAACUUCAGUUACGUAUCGGUAACAGUGAUGGCGGGUUCGGCGGAAACAGACACGAAACUGCGCAGACAGAUUUGUUGGCUAAACUAGCCAAACACACCGGCUGGUCCGGGAUCAGGAUAAUCCCAGUUAAAGGUAGCAAGAGGUAACCAACCAAAGUGUGUCUGUCCAGACUAGCCAGGAAGGCCCCUCGUUUAGAACCGGCGAAAAGCCAGCAGCGACAGGAAGCAAAUAACAAUGCAACAAUAAGCCCGGAAAGACGGCGUACUCGAUUAUCAACACGGGCGGGCGGACGCGCUGGCUGGGUCACUUUUUUAAGUAAACGGUGAAUCUAAAAGUCAUCACGACUAGCAACUUGCCAGCAAAAACAAUGCAAGUAUACAAUCACAAGCGAUCGAACUCGGAAAAAAAUAGGUACGCACUAAAGUCAAUGGUGCUUCGUGCAGGCUUGCUGUCACGGCUUACAGUCGACUAUAUUUGGUCGCCAGUAAAGCAACAUUGCGUGGCUUCAUAAGCGGCGGUGUAAAAAGGGCCUGUGUUUAUCUAUCCUGCGGUGAGCGCUUCGAGUACUAGUGACUAGGUACAGUAGGUAACCGUCAGGUUCUGUGCUCCAGGUGAGUCGUUGUUGCAAGUGUCGUAGCCUGGUCGACCUGGUGUCAGUCGUCAAACUGGACGUUUACUGGCGCUGUUGUUUUCACGUGCAGCUCCUUAUCGUGCAUUCUGUGUAAAGUCCAGAGAUAACGACUUUUCAGUAGGAGGUUGCCCGGCCUGGAAAAUCGAAGUAUUAUUUCUAUUUGCGUGCAGCGUAUUGCGAGCGUUACCGGUGUUACUGACGCCAGCAGUGGCCCGGGCGGUGGGUCGAUUAAAGUCCACCUAGUUUCCUCCCAGUGCUUCUACCAUUACGAGAGCAGCAGGUAACGUCACGGAUCGACUUUGCAGCUAGCAUUAGUCGCACCAUCGAUUAUCCACCCACGAAGAAAAAUUAGCAUGGCCGCUGAUAUUCGUAAAAAGUCGGUAAAAAGCAAUGAAAAGAAAACCAACAAAAUGGUUAUGUCUGUCUCGGUAGCCAAGAUGCGGUGGCGGAUGCUGGCCAAAGCGCUACACGAAGGACGUGUCUCAGAAGCCGGUCUCUUUAUGGGCUCAGUGCGACGCUUUCAUCAUUUUGGUCUCCUACAGCUUAGUCGUGUGAGUGAAGAUGCCGGUAAUCAGGGGACCAGUUUAGAUUUUGGUGGUCAUGGUCAACAGCAACAACAACAUCAUUGGCAAUCUCACCACAACACACAUUCGGGUCCCGACGAAAAUGAGCUGGACGCAGCCUGGUUCGUAGCUAAAUGCCUCAAAGAGCCGCAGUUCUCGCUUCGCGUACGGUUCCUUCCAUCGCAAGUGUCGAUCAAUGAACUGCGCGGCUACAACAAUACAGGAAAUGUGUGUCUUUGGCCUUCCGAAGAGGUGAUGGCCUAUUAUGCGAUGAAAAACAAGGAGCUUUUCUAUGGCAAAAACGUCCUUGAGCUUGGCGGGGGUAUGACGUGUCUGGCCGGCUUCACGGUCGCAGCCACUGCAAGAGCCUCCGAAGUGCUCCUUACCGAUGGCAAUCAGCGUUGCGUAGCCAACGCACAACUUAUGCUUGAGGCUAACAGAGGCGCGUUUGGUGGGUGCAUCGUGCAUACGCGCCGGCUUCGUUGGGAUGCAGAAAAUGAUAUGAACGAUUUACAGGCCCGUUUCGAUGUCAUAUUGAUUGCUGACUGUCUGUACUUUCACGAUGGUCGAAAGCCGUUGGUCCAUACGAUCUGGAAUCUGCUCAAGGCGGAUGGUAUUGCCGUAGUCUUGGCGCCGGCUCGCGGAGACACUUUUCAGGAUUUUGUACGUCUCGCAACCGAACGCGGUUUUGAAGCCGACCUGUUAAUGGUUUAUGAUACGUGUGUUUGGGAAUUGCAUUCUCGGUACCUCAAGGAAAAGGCGCAUCUGUACGACGCCAACCUGCACUAUCCCCAGAUGCUUAUUCUGCGAAAGACACAAAACUGACAACGGUCUGUUAUUGGUCAAUCAGCAAAGGCGUCAAAGUGAAGGCGACCUAUCUGAUAGAAACAGGAAGUUAUAAAGCCGAUGUCAUAAACGAAAAACAACAUGAGUAAACCGAACUUAGAUUUUCACAUUGUUACAUUGUGUUAACUACAGUGAGACAAGUUAUUUUGACCGUCAGAGAAUGUUUAGAAAGGUUAAAUUUACCUAUCCUCAGAAGCAUUCGACCUCAUCGUGAUCAGGAUUAUCUGCUUAUUCCACUCAACUAUUGGUAACCCCAUCUACAGUUGAACAACUAAAACAACGUCUUUGAUAUAGGCCUAAUUCUAUAUCUAAUACGAGAUACAUUGUUUAAAAGGUUUUUUUUUUCGGGAAAUAUCAAUUAGAACAAAAGUAUUGGAAGAAAAAGUCGAUUGCACCUGCCCAACGGUAGCAAAGCACCAGCUCGAGUGAUGUAUCUGCUGCUUUUAUUGAUGCACCUUCUGGCCUCAUGAUAAAUUAGCUAAUUGAAUGUUCUUCAAAAUGUUUUUUUAUCGUACUUGCUCGAAAAAGCACUCCAUACAACCCGUAUAAAUUGACAACCCUCUUUUGGACUCGUCGUUAGCUGUUGUAGUAUAUUACGAUAGAAUAGAUAUCGUCUCUUUCAGAAUAAGGCAUUUUUCUACUUAAAAGAGUUGAUCAAGAGACAAACGCUAUUUUAGCGAAGCUCCACUUGAGCGAUUCCCGUCCUCACAGAUGAUACAAAUUAGCGUUACUGAUCGUUGAUGACUCGGACAUUGUGCCUAAGCUCAGUCUCCACCGAUAUUACAUAAAAAUUUCGUUGAAUAUUGUAAUGAAUAACUGCCAAACUUUCAGCUGGUAACUGUAGAUGAACGAAAUGAGCGGCAAUUUUAAAACGGUUAUUACUUUAGGCGUUAGCUAACGUCGCGAUUUCGGCGUUACUCCUAACGCAGCCCGAUUUCGUCACUGCGGAAACCUUUAUAGUUUGUAGCUUUUGAGCAUAUUCCGCCCCAUAAAUAGCGCAUGUUGUCCGGAAAAGUAAGAAUAUAAUCAUAGAUCUAGUAUUUAGGCAGUACCCGAUAUAAGAUUCGUAACAUUUACUUAUGCACGUAUUUAUGACAGGCCAAAACAGUCUAAAUUACGAUGACGAUAGUGAUGACGCUGACGAGAAAACGGUUCUAGCCAUGUUCCUUAUACACGUAAUAUACUUUUUCUUCUUCUUUAAAGUGCCCUGAGGGUGAAUGGUUGGCAUGCUAAGCAAUGUAGCGGUACAUUUGAACAGCGAUAAAAAAAAGUGGUCUUCUAUAAAAUGGCAGAAGAUGAGAAGUAGAAAAAAUGGUUGAUGAUCUUGACGAUAUCAAGAUCCGAUCCAGGCUGGACGUUGAUUGUUUCGUAGUUGGAUUGACCGAUUUCAAUGUGUGAGUGGGUAAGUGUUCAAGAGCUAUAUAUCGUUCGCCGAUGAUCUGAGGUUUGUGAGGUAAACGAGAUAUUAAAGCUAAGUGGAUUAAUGAGAAGACACUGGGAACACAGCUGUUGUGAUAUGGCCCAUUCUUGCGGCUUAAAUCGUGUGAAGGAAAUGGGAAAAGUUCCGUAAGUCAAUCGAACGUAGAAGUUUCAAACUAUGUGAUUGGUUAGCCGAAUGAUCCAUAAAGUCAAGAUGAUACGAUGCGAAGAUAGGUCCGAUUGAUUUGCAAACAAAAAAAAAUUGCUUGCAUAUGGUUUCUAAAUGUUACCCGCAUUGACUACGAUCAUAACCACUUUCUGGUUAUUAAACCUAUUAUGAUGAAAACAAUAAUAAUUAUAGUGCUAAUAAUCACAAUUAUAAUUAGUAAAUACUAUAAACGGUUAGGAGAAGAAAAAUAUGACAAUUUAUUUAAUCACUAUUACACUGUGGAAUAUAAACGGGAAUACACUAUGGAAGAUAGAGAGAAAAGACUAGGACCCUGUAAAAGCAACAAUAACUCCAUAGAACAUCGAGAUACUUUCAGGACAUGCGGUGGGGUUAAAAUGAUCGGUACAGCUCAUACAAACGAAUGAAAGCAAAUAGGACAUUAUUAGAUCGAGCAGGGGAACUAUCCGUCAUCCUUAACUGAGUUGAAUAGUUUGAGAAUUAACCUACUCAAGUUGUGCCACUUUGUAAUUUUUUUUAUUAUCGCAAUUACAUAUUUGUCCAUUAGUAGUGAUUGUGUCUCUAUCAGCCACGAGAAAAGAUGAUGCGAAAUGACAUUUUUCACCAUUAGAUGUCAAAUAAGUAAAUUUGUUUUUAUGGACACCUACGGAGCGAUGAGUGAAGUAAUUUGACUAUAUACGUAUAUAUGGUUGGAUAAGUACAUGAAAAUUUUAAGAAGAUGCUACCUUCCGUUUUGGCGUAUUUAUUCUGCUUAGUCUUUAAAUAAAUCAAGGUUCCUUUUUAUUCAGUAAACAAAGACUAUCCAUGCCCUGCGCCUUAAAUGGUAAAGCCUUUCGAACGGUGAUCCAUCAAAUCUAUCUGGCGCAUUUUUUAAACAGAUUAUACUCUGAUUAAUCAGGCUAUCAUCGCAAUCCGGUCGCUUGCUGGAAGCAUAUGGAUAAUUUUGUUAGAUAUUUUAAAACUGGCCUUCGUGAAUACCUUAUUCAUUCGAAUACGCACGGUGAGCUUUGUUCUCACAGCAGAACCCCUGCUAUCGGAACGAAACCUUUCGUCGCCUGCAGCUUUCAUAUUCAAAAGUUGUUCCAUUGGAUUUUUCCUAAAUCUUUCACUCGCUCCAUUCUCUUUCAUUUUAACCACUCAAGAGUUUGAGUUCUCAAGUAAUAAAAGAAUGUGACCCGCGUGUGUUUCUUUGUGUGCCUGUCACAUGAACAUUUUUCCCUACGUACCGAACCCAUCGUGCAUCGAAGCAUGUGACGAAAAUUAUGGAAUAAGGGGAGAUGAGCUACCGGCCACAUUUUUCCUGUGCAACGAUUGAAGUAGAACUUAUCCUGUAAAAUUUGCGUCAUGGUAACAACUAUGACACGGGCUCGAGGAAAUCGUUGAUGAACAUACGGCACUGGAUACACACAUAAAAAACAAAUGCCGUGGAGCGAGUAGUCGCGCAGGGUGUGGUCAAUGACGGUUUUUUUAAAGUGCGUAUGUGUAAAUGACAUGGUCCACCCAAGUGACUAUUUAUAAUGGAAAAGAGUAACGGGAAUAGAGAAAAAACAGAAUUCGCCGGUGAUCCACAAGCUAUCUCUUGGCAAACGAUGGAAAAGAUACUAAUAAUAAUGAUACUAAUGCUAAGAAUAGA